CCGACUCUUCCUUCCUCUCUCUCUCUCGAUUCUCCUGUGUGGUGUGCCUUUCCUCCUCCUCUUCCUGCCACGCCCAUUCCGCCCGUCACAAUACACAGCACCCUCCGUCCACGAUCGGCGUCUUGACUUUUAUUCCUUCCACUCUCCCCGGAAAUUAAUCACAGGAAAUUAUUAUCCAUGCCUCCCGACACACCUCAAAAACUCACAAAAAAGCAACGCAAAUCCCUCGCCUUCCGCCAAAAAACGAAAUCAAAAAAGGGCGGGAAAAAAUCGUCAACUCGUCCCGAACCCGAGGACGUUCCGGAAAUAGACAUAGAGAUCCUCGAUGCACAGCCGGACGAUCGUCAUCAGCCUUCAGAAAAUAACUCAGGGCAACUUGAUGAACUCACAGCUUCGUCUUCAGGGGGGAAGGAGAACAAAGUAAAGGGAAAAGAGAAAGAGAAACAAGUAGGAGAGCUGGGUCUAAAACCGAAGGAACCACAAGCCUCGACGAAGAAACGUAAACGGACCGAAGCAGAGGAAGACGCCGUCGACCAAGCAGACUCUACAGCCAAGCCUAAGAAGAAGCGAAAAGGAAAGACGCCCGAGACAGACGAGAACGCAUCUGCAAACAGUGAAGAGAACGAAAAGCCUGAUACGCAAAAGAGUCGAUAUAUCCUAUUUGUCGGUAAUCUAAAGUAUACAACUUCAAAAGAAGCUAUCCAAGCACACUUCGCCCACUGUGACCCACCACCAAUAAUCCGCCUCCUCACUCCCAAACCUACCAAACCCUCCCCCUCUGCGACAACAAAAUCAAAAGGCUGCGCCUUCCUCGAAUUCACACACCGCAACGCCCUCCAACAAGCUCUCAAACUCCACCACUCCACACUCGACGGCCGACAGAUCAACGUCGAGCUUACCGCCGGGGGAGGUGGGAAGAGUGCUACGAGGCUUGAGAAGGUGAGAGUGAGGAAUCGGGGGUUGGAGGUGCAGAGGACAAAACGCCAACAAAAAACAUCCCAAACUCACAACUCUACCGAAACCAACCCAGCAGACAAUCAAAAUCACUCCCAACGCCACUCCACAACCUCCGGCACAACCCAAACCCAAUCACCCACAAAACAACAAAACCGCACAUGGUCCAUACCCGAAGACGACGACUCUCCUGGCACACACCGCGGCGGAGUCAAGAAACGCGGGUCCAAGAAGAAAAGUACCAGUACCAGUAGUAAAAAGGAAUGGGGGACAGGCGUUAACGCUAUUCCGGUUGGAUGA